AUGUUGCACAUCGUAUUACCAGUGUUUCUGUUCUGCUCUUUUGCCUCCAGUCAGAUUCUAUAUCCUCCUCAGUAUACCAAUAAUCGCAUAGUGGGCGGUGAAGAGGCUGCUGAGGGUGUGGCACCAUAUCAGAUUUCCCUACAAGGAGUAGGAAAUGGAGCACAUUCCUGCGGCGGUGCUAUUAUUGAUGAACGGUGGAUUAUAACGGCUGCUCACUGUACAAGAGGAAGGCAGGCGGCGGCUUUUCGUGUCCUCACAGGCACACAGGAUCUGCAUAAUAAUGGUUCCAAGUAUUAUUAUCCUGACAGGAUUGUGGAGCAUAGCAAUUACGCGCCUCGCAAGUAUCGAAAUGAUAUAGCUUUGCUGCAUCUGAACGAGUCGAUUGUUUUUGAUAAUGCCACUCAGCCGGUGGAACUGGAUCAUGAGGCUCUGGUUCCUGGAUCUCGACUUCUUUUGACCGGCUGGGGAACGUUGUCCCUGGGCGGAGAUGUCCCUGCUCGUCUGCAGAGUUUAGAGGUCAACUAUGUUCCCUUCGAACAGUGCCGGGCAGCCCAUGAUAAUAGCACUCGGGUGGAUAUUGGUCAUGUUUGCACCUUCAACGACAAGGGUCGUGGAGCCUGCCACGGGGAUUCCGGAGGCCCUUUGGUACACAAUGGCAAAUUGGUGGCUUUGGUUAACUGGGGGCUACCCUGCGCUAAGGGUUAUCCAGAUGCCCACGCUUCUAUUUCUUACUAUCAUGAUUUCAUACGAACUCAUCUUAGUCUCUCAAAAACUGACAGCACCGAUGAUAAUGAGGAAGAGAUGAUUAUCAACAAGAAUUAA